AUGUCUUACUCCAAAGCUUGCUGUUCUAUCCCUCCUGUUGUCUCUGAUUAUAGCCCAGUAGGAGCUAUGGAAAACCUGGGCGAUCUUCCUUUAUACACAGUGGGUCCCAAGGAUGCUAAAAAAGCUGUUUUGGUCAUAUAUGAUAUCUUUGCUCUUAAAAACAACACAAAGCAAUUUUGUGAUAUCUUGGCUAAACAGUGUGGAUGGAGAGUUGUCAUGCCAGACUUUUUCCGUGGAGAAGACGCUGCCCGCUUUUUCGAUAACGGUUUCGAUCGUGAAGGUCUUGUAGCUUGGAUUGGUCAAAAAGGCACAAUAGAGACCAUUGAACCUGAUAUUCAACGCGUACAAGACUAUCUUAAAGAGCAAGGUGCUGAUGCUGCUACUUUAGUAGGUUUCUGUUGGGGUGCCAAGAUCGCUAUUCAAAUCACCGCCAAGCUGCCUUUCUUUGUCGGAGUCUCAAUGCUCCAUCCUUCAUUUGUUGAUCCUAAAGAUGCAGAAACAGCUAAUGCACCUAUCUUGGCUAUUCCUUCCAAAGAUGAACCAGACAUGACCGAAUAUAUGAGCAUUCUCUACAAGAAGCCAUUUGGAAAUUUGUGUGAACACCACCGCUUUGAUGAUAUGUCCCAUGGUUUCUGUGGUGCUCGUGCCGAUUAUAAUGAUGAAAAUAACAAGAAGAGAGCUACUGAAGCUAUUCAAUUGACUGUCAAUUUCUUUAGCAAAUGCUUCAAGUCUAAGGAUGCUUCUUUGUAA